GCUCAAGCUGCAACAGCCUGGAGGCUACGUGAUCAAAGUCUACUUCUCCAACUCGUACACACUCCAGUUCAUAUUCCCUCCGACAAUUUUUCCCCAAUAAGUUCGCAGGUUUUCCUAUCCCAGUAUUUUACGUCGUGGCGUUUUGUUUUCAGAAGAAAUUGAAACAAAUCCAUUGUUGCGGUGCUUGAAAAUACUUGUCUAUACUCGUUAGUUUAGAUUCGGUAUUGACACGCACUUAUCUGUGCUGAAGAAAUAUACAACUCGAACUCUUCCUUCUUUCAAUAAUAGAACAGCAAAAAUAGUUUCGGGAUUCAACUGACGAAGUUAUCCCUUGUCGUUCAUCCUGAUACGGAAGAAUACCUCUAGUCAGGCACAUCAACCAAUCUUAGUUUUGAUAUCGAAGUGUCUUCAAAAAGAUGGAGACUGGCAGCACACCUGGUCGCACCGGACAGUACUGCGCCUUAUCUUUGAGUUUUCUGCAAUGAAAGACAUGAACAUAUACAUAUUCCGAACAAUUUCUUCUAGGCAUGCUAGUUUCCUAGAAGAAAUUGUUUAGUCCCCAAAAUAGUAUGUGUAUCUGUUCGACUAUGUGAGACUCAUGCCAUGCCAUGAACAAUUAGCUUAGCUACUACAAUCAUGAUCAUCAUCAUCACCACCGUCGUCGUCAUUCAGUCAUCUUCCAUCAAGUUUUUCGCGUUCGUACUGAUUAAUACCUAUGGAGCUCCUCUUCACUUCUAGUUCUACAAAGAUGGAAAUUGCGACUCUGAUGUAUGCAAAAGUUACAGAAAAUGAAAAGUGUAAGUAAUCUUAUUAAUUGUUCUUGACAUGGGAUUUCAAGUAAGGAAGAUACUUUACACGACUGACUCUACUCUGCUUCACCCAUACACUUAUAUAUCUAUCAUCAUCAUGAUCAACAUCAGGUCCGGACGUGGGCAACAGGUCGGUGGAGUGCGUAAGACUGGCGCGGCAGGACACGGACAGUGUCAAAUUUGCAAUCAGUUUGUGGACGAGAACGAGGACCGAGAAACAGUGGAAAAGAGCACUCGUGUCAUCCUAGGUCUCCUUGCGCACUACUCAUCAACGGUCCUCAACGUGAUCAAACACGGAGCGCCACAGCACAAUUCCAAGACCAUGAAGAAAUACGGAGAUGAGGAUGAUGAAGGUACUUAUAGAUAUAUUUUCUACACAAAAUAUUUCUUGUUCAAGAGCAACCAGCACUUCUAUAUGAUAGGAUGUUGAAUCGGACGCCAACCACAACUGGUGGGUUACACAGCGUCUCUAUCAUUUUUUUUGCCCGUUGGAGCCAUUCACUCCCAUAAUUGAUUUCUCAGCGUCUGGACUUCUAUUAUUCGAAAAUUACUACAGAUGACGAAGAGCAGACUAUGUGGACACCAUGCUACAUAACGACGUUUGUGCUGAUGCUGGUCUUUCUAGCGGCUGCCAUCGGUGGUUUCGCUUAUGCCUUGCGACUUCGCAGUCAACAACGUUAA